UUGAAUAUUUAUAUAUUUUUAAAAAAACUGGUUUCACAGCAAAUAUGUUUCUGCUUGUAUCAUUUUUUUCAUUCACUCAACUCCUUUAUAUCCUCACAAUUCAAUUUAUAAUUGAAUGUUGCAUCUACACUCAGUCAACCUUUAUACCCAUUAAUACAUUACUUGAUACUUUAUUGCACCAAAACCAACAAUCAACACAAUUGGAUAUCAAUCGAAUGGCUAAAUUAACUCGCGUACAUUACACCAAAAUCAUUAAAUCUAUUCGUUAUAUUGAUAAGUUCCUAACUUAUGCAAUUUUGGUCUUUUACUUAUACUUCAUUGGUCAUUGUAUUUUCGUUUUCAACGAAUUUUUCCAGGUUUCAGGUUCUAUUUACUGGCGCCUUUAUAACGUAUUCAGGUUUUUCGGUGAAUCUUCUUACCUUGUGUUGACUACUUAUCAUUUGGUUCGUGUGCAUCAAUUGUCUGUACAAAUGUUUGCCAAAGUUUAUGACCUUUCAUAUUCCCUAGCUUCAGACUCAUUUGAAGCGGUCAAUGAGAUAAAUUUGUUUUUAUUUCGAAUCGAUCGGAAUGAUGUUGGAUUUACGUUUGCUGGCCUUUGUCUGGUUUCACCCAGCUUUGUAUCAUCUUUGGCUUCAAUUGCCUUAACUCUUGGCUUGGCUUUACCUAAUUUUAUUGAUUAA